AAAAAAUUAAAGGAAAAUCACAAUAACGUAACUAAAGCAAUUUACGCUUCUAUAUAUAUGAGGCCAGCUUGUUCGUAACUUAAAAACAUUAGACGCUCUAGAAAGAAAUAUGAUCAAAAGUCUUGGGAAAUAGAAAAUCGGUUAUAAAUUUGGUUUCUUGUGUUUUUUCUUAGCUACUAAUUGAAGAAAAUCCCAUGAUUUGAGAAGUUUCUAGCACUCAACCCAACCCAACCCCACUCCAUUAUUAUUUUCCACUAUUUCUACCUCUCAUAUUUUCCCCUUCACUCAAAAUUCAUGCAACCCUCACCACACACACACGUACAUACAUUAUAUAUAUUGUAUAUCAUGAGUUUCCCUACCUAUCCUUCCACAAAUAAUUCUUUCUAGAAUCCUCAGCUCUCAAUUUACGAUCGAACUCAAUAAAACAACAUUCCAUUACCUUUUGUCUCCUGUUUAAUAUUUUCAACCAAACCUCUCCCACACGCACUCACUCACUCACUUACACACACACACACACACACACACACUACUUGAAGAUGGGAGUUGCAGGAACUAUGGAAUACUUGUCAGAUUUGCUAAGCAGCACCAAGAAGAAGAAAAAGAAGCAGCUAAACACUGUAGCUGUAAAAAUCAGAAUGGAUUGCGAGGGCUGCGCACUCAAAGUCAAGAAAGCACUCUCCGGCGUCAAAGGUGCGAAAUCGGUGGAUAUCGACAUGAAGCAGCAGAAGGCGACGGUGUACGGCUUCGUAGACGCUAAGAAGGUUCUGGCAGCUGCUAAGUCGACUGGCAAGAAGGCCGAGCCCUGGCCGUACGUGCCCUAUACGAUGGUGGCGCAUCCCUACGUGGCCGGCGUCUACGACAAGAAGGCGCCGCCCAAUUUCGUCCGGGCCACCACCGACCCGGAGGUGGUCGCCUUGAACCCGGUCGAGGAGAAGUAUACGCUCAUGUUUAGCGAUGAGAAUCCUAAUGCUUGCUCUAUUAUGUGAAUUUUGUUGAUUCCAGAUGCAUUAUAUAUAUACUUCAACUGUAAUAUCAAAUUAUGAGUGCUACUUCUUUUUGUACUGUGCAUUAAUAAAUAGAGUUAUAUAUCAACGUA